GAGCUGUGGGACAGACGAGGGAGGCAGUGCGCUUCUUAAACUCUCUAGUCUGUCGUAUCGUCAAACAGCCAACGUUAGCUUAAAUCAGACAUGUAGCAGCGUCAGUCAGCCAACCUGUUCAGACCAGAAACCCCCCAAAGGCGUUUUGAAGAAUGGAGCUCACGUAUCGGGAUAUCGUGACUUCCCGACUCUAAUUGGACAUUCCGGCCCGCAUCCACCACCACCAUCAACAACAACAACAACAACACCACCACCACCACCACCCACCAUCACCGCCGGCUAACAAGCGGUUAGCAUUAGCAACACUCAGCUGUCACUCCGGAAGGCCGCCGCACCGGGUGGAGAUUUAACUUUCUCUCUCCCGGACCGAAUCAACACCAAGUCGCUAUUUAAUGAUAACUUGCUGUUUGUCAUAACUCGGUAAGAAUGGAGUCCUCGUUGGGGAUAAGCGACGAAGUGUGCUUGGCAACUGUGAAAGUCCAGGAGCUGCGGGCUGGCCAGAAGGAGCCCAGACUGCUGUCACUAAUUGAGCGCAGGGGAGAGUUUGUAUUGGCUGUUCUGGCCACCCCGGAUGCUGUCGCGUCUCGUCCAGUGGCCCAGCUGUCUAUUCCCAUCAAUGGUCAUUUUGAGAUUGUGCGAGAGGCUGAAGAGGCUCUUCUUAUUAACUUAUCAGUAGCUUCCGGCGUUAGGAUACGAAUCAGCGGAGAAAGGGCUCCGCAGCUGCUGUUGGAACUGCAGGACGAUGAUCGGACUCAGACUUUCUUAGCCCAGGUGAUGAGUGCACAGCAACAAGAGUUUGAAAAACUCCCGAAACCCAAAGCGAUGGAGCCCUUUGCAUCAGCAGCCCCCAUCCCGCCGCAAAGAGCCAACAAGACGGCCAACUCUGAGGGCUCCGGGGUCAACCCCCCCAAAUCUACCAACGCACUGCCUCCCAACCUCAACAACAGCCGGUCAACAAAUCAGACCAAGACAGAUCUGGUUCAAUCACUCGCCUCCGACUUCGGCUUUGAGGACAACUUCAAUCACGCUCUCAAAGUGGAGGAAAAGAAGAACCACCAGAAUCGCAUCGUUGCUGUGAGGGAGCCUCCUCCGGUUCCCCCUCUACCUCCGCGCAAAGCCUCCUACGCGCCAUCCAAUCCUCUGCCUGCUGCACCCAUCCCCAAAGACCGAGCGGUCUCCCUGCAGACCAGAGACCACUCCAAACCUGAUAGUUUUAGGUCCGGGUAUGACGGCAUGGCCAGGCCGACGUCUUGGUCCGACAGCCCCAUGUCCUCCAGCCAGGCAGGACAAAGAGAAUACCUCGUCAAACACCUCCUGGGUAAGAAGGAGAAAGAGUAUGUGGACAUCAAGACCUUCAAGUUUUUCACCGGUACGUGGAACGUGAACGGCCAGGCUCCAGACAGCAGCCUCGUGCCGUGGCUCUGCUGUGAUACAGAACCUCCGGAUAUUUACGCUCUGGGUUUUCAAGAGUUGGACUUGAGCACCGAAGCUUUCUUCUACAUGGACUCGUCCAAGGAGCAGCUGUGGGUGGAAGCGAUGGAGAGGAGCUUGCACCCAAAAGCUAAAUAUAAGAAGGUCCGAAUCAUACGUCUGGUUGGGAUGAUGCUCGUCGUGUUCGUUAAAAAGAUUUACAAGAACCUCAUAAAAGAAGUGGCCGCGGAGCACGUGGGGACCGGAAUCAUGGGAAAAAUGGGGAACAAAGGAGGCGUGGCGGUGAGGUUUGUUUUCCACAACACCAGCUUCUGCAUCGUCAACUCCCAUCUAGCUGCACACGUGGAAGACUUUGAGCGCCGCAACCAGGACUACAAAGACAUCUGUGCCCGCAUGACCUUCCACUUACUGGACCAACCCCCUCUCAAUAUCGUCAAGCACGAUGUAGUAAUCUGGCUCGGGGAUUUAAACUAUCGUCUGUGCUUGUACGACGCUGCGGACGUCAAAUUUCACAUUUCUCAGAAUGAGCUAAAAAGGCUUCAGGAGGUUGAUCAGUUAAACAUUCAGAGGCAGACAAAGAAAGCCUUCACGGACUUCAUGGAGGGAGAAAUCAACUUCAUGCCCACAUACAAGUACGACCCCAAAACGGAUCGAUGGGACUCGAGCGGGAAGUGCCGUGUCCCGGCUUGGUGUGACAGGAUCCUGUGGAGAGGAAACAAUGUCAAGCAGCUCAAAUAUCGGAGUCACAUGGAGCUGAAAACCAGUGACCACAAACCCGUCAGCGCUCUCUUCAGCGUAGGGGUUAAGGUGGUAAAUGACCCGCGCUACAAGAAGGUGUUUGAGGAGAUUGUUCGGGCGAUGGACAGAAUGGAGAAUGAUUUCCUUCCAUCUGUAACCCUGGACAAGAGAGAGUUCGCGUUUGCUAAUGUGAAAUUCCGGCAGCUUCAGAGGGAGCGCUUCGUAAUAACCAAUGAUGGUCAGGUCCCCUGUCACUUUGCCUUCAUCCCCAAACUCAAUGACUCGCAGUAUUGCAAGCCUUGGCUCCGGGCCGAGCCGAGCGACGGAUUCCUAGAGCCGAAUGAGACCUUGGAGAUCUAUCUGGACGUGUACGUCAGUAAGGACUCGGUCACUCUGCUGAACUCUGGAGAAGACGCCAUCGAGGACAUCCUGGUGCUCCAUUUGGACCGUGGCAAGGACUACUUCAUUACCAUCUCUGGCAACUACCUGCCCAGCUGCUUCGGCACCUCACUGGAGACCCUGUGCCGCAUGAAGAAGCCCAUCAGAGAGAUCCCCAUCACCAGACUCAUUGACCUGGAAGAAGACAGCUACAUGGAAAAGGAAAAGUCAAAGAUGAGUUUCCUGAUGGUGGAGGGUUCAGGCACCGAGGACAAACCUCUAAAGAUCCCCAAAGAAGUCUGGAUUCUUGUCAACCAUCUCUUCACCAAGUCCUGUGAUCAGGAGGACUUGUUCCAGACCCCAGGACUACAAGACGAGCUGCAGGGCAUCAUCGACUGUCUGGACACCAGCAUCCCGGACUCCAUCUCUGGUUGUAACCACUCUGUCGCCGAGGCGCUGCUGAUCUUCUUGGAGGCCUUGCCGGAGCCCGUGUUGUGUUAUGAACUCUACCAUCGGUGCCUGGAAUGCGCUCACGACAGCCGCCUCUGCAAACAGUUGAUCUCCCAGUUGCCCCGAGCUCACCGCAACGUGUUUCGCUACUUAAUGGCCUUUUUGAAGGAGCUUCUCAAGCACUCUCACAACAACAACCUAACGGCCAGCCUCAUAGCUACACUCUUUGCCAGCCUCCUCAUCCGACCCCCUCCCAACCUGAUGGGGAAGCACACGCCACACGAGCGCCAGAAAGCCAUCGACUUCAUCCUGGGUUUCCUGAUGGCAGGAGACGAGGAAUAGAAGAGAGCGACGGAGUCCCGACCUGCCUUCCUGUUGGACCUGAACUAAACUGUGGUUUAUCAUCCAUUGGAGACCAGCGCAGUGCACCCAACCGUUUCACAAGCUUUCAUCCUCGACACUGCUUUACGUGUGUUGGAUUGCUGGAUUUGGAAGCACUUGGAAUAGGCUUGAACUGAUGCCUAUUAUUCACUUUCAGCGCCUUCUGGCCCUGUGGCUCCCGACCGGCUCGUCCUCGCCCUCUGCUGAAACUUCCUCUUGGGUUAUAAUGCCAAAACAACCGCUAAGCCGCGUGUGAUAAGAAUGUGAAAACACUAUAUACUAUGUAGAUUCUAAGCAAAAGGCUCGAUUACACUAAAGAAGAAAAUAUUUCCUGAAGUUUUAAGACAUAGACUGAAUAAAAGUGUAAUGCAUAAAGCAAAUGGUUUCAAAUGGGAUCAUUUUGGAUAUUAAUCACAAAAAAUGUUUAAGCUUUAGAUAAAUUACGACAAUCAUCUGUUUUAAAUGAGGGGACAAUAUUAUAAAUAUCUUCAAUAACUUAGUUAAAUUGGUUACAAUAUUCAUUGUAUUUUAAUUAUUAUUUAUAUAUUUGUUUUUCUUCAAAGUUUGACACAUCUGAAUAUUUUCUACUAAAAUACAGUUUAUUUUCAGCUCUCUGUUGCUUUUAAGAUAUUCAUCGCUUAUUUUUAUGAUCCUACUGUGGUAAAACCUCCUGAAUGUUUACCGUUUUGUUUAACUCCCGCCGAGCGCCUCACACCUCGUUUUGCCAGUUCUACUUUGAGUUACAAAACAAGUCCGUUAACACACUAACUUCCUGGUUAACCGGAAUCAAGUCGCCCUGACGCUGCUGACGUCUUACGGGAUGUAAAUAGUGAUCGUUUCCCCGCUUCGUCUGUAUUUGGCUGUCGUCAUAGUGACGCAAAUCUGUGUCUACAGUGAGUUUGUCACAAAGGUGUUCCCGUCGAUGUCCGUGUUGGUUUACAUGUCUUUUCCCUCACUUCUGCCACGUGUUGAGACUCACGUCUCGUUGUUUUGUGUUCCUAAAUGGUGAAUCCAGAUUUUAAGGAUCAUUACUUCUCUGUGCAACCGUUCUCGUUUUGUGGUACUGAGUCACGGUUGUGAAACAUGCCGUCGUUAUUGAAAUGAGGAAACUACCAUGCUGUGUAUAGUGGAGGCUCGUUUCCUCUUUUACAGUUUUAGAGAUGUCAGCGUUAUUUUUCCAAGUCGACCAAAAUAUUCCUUGGAUGAUAUAAGUGUCCCUUUUGAGCCCGGAGGUUUUCUCCUCCGAUGCUUCACGAGAUUAUCAGGAUUUAAUGUUGGGAGAUUAUGUAAUUUUACAACACUUGUAGAAAUUGGGAUGAAGGUGCUCUAUAUUUGCAUAUUCUUUUCUGUCUGCUUGCCAUCAAUACACUAAGUUGUGAUUGUUUUUAUCAACCUCAGCUUUGACCAAAGGUGGCUCGACCCUGAAUGAAUAGUUCUUGGUGAUUCAGAUCUGAGAGAUCCGUUUUACAAUAGCCCUUAAUUACUUUUUUUUUUUCAUCUGGUCUUUGUACUAUUGUCGUUGAGUUAAACACCAAAUCAAUAACCUCUAAUUUCAAGUGUUGUCCAACUGUAUCCUUGAAUGUAUUCGUGUUGAUCCAUUUAGCUUCUUUGCCUUCAGUUUUGUCACAUUUUGUUCAUGAAUCUAAGGUACACGAGGAAACACUUGCACCAUGUUUUCCAUUUUCAUACAUUUGGUGCUUUUAAUUUAUUUAAUAGAAAUAAAACUGUCAAAAGCC